CGCGUGACCGAUAGCGGACGGAGCGUCAGGCGGUGGCUGUGCCGCUGUGGGCGCCGCCGGGGCGGGCGAGUCCCCUGUUCUCGGCCAGUGGCGCCUCAGAGCAGCCCUCUGACAAGCGGACCCCGGAAGAAGGAAUAUCACAGAAGCAAUGUGUCCUCUGAGCGUCACAUCCAGGAGGCACAUGAAGGAGCAAUAAUGCUGCCCAAACCUGGGAUCUAUUUCUUCCCCUGGGAGGUCAGUGCUGGCCAAGUUCCUGAUGGGAACACACUGAGGACAUUUGGCAGGUUGUGCAGCUACGACAUGACCCAGUCCCAAGUAACCCUGAUGGCUCAACUCAGAUCUGACCAGUACCCGAUCCUCGUUUGUACCAAGUUGGUGGAACCGUUCCAAGCCCAGCUGGGCUCCCUCUACACCGUCCUUGGGGAACUGGAGCACCAGAAGGACGGAAGCUGCGUGGUGAAGGCCCGGGUGCUGACGUGUGUGGAAGGAAUGAACCUCCCCUUGUUAGAACAAGCCAUCCGGGAGCAGAGGCUGUACCAGCAAGAGAGGGAUAGCGGCCAGUAGGGAGCAAGCCAGGAGCUCCUGGCAAUGCUGCUUUCCCGCCGGCCAGACGCUGGAGCUGCUGCAGAGAAGAUGCAGGAGCAUCCCCCGACUGACAGCCUUUGUCUGGAGAGACGAGGGGAGGGCAGCCUAGCGCUCCGAGGCCGGGCGCUGGGGCCCUGGGCCUCGUGUGGAUCCUGGAGAGUUCCAGAACGUCCCCGUGAAUAAAGCCUGGUGGUGUGACUGA